AGUUCCGACGAUUGCCAGCUACGGACGUCGGAUGCCUCCCCUGCUUCAACUGUUGCUGCUUCUUGCCGCAUCUCUCAUACGAGAUAUGCGUUGCCUGAGACUGAAGAUGGUGCAGGUACCAGAGUCCAUAACUGUGGGUGAAGUGGCGAGACUUGUAUGCGUAUUUGACGAAGAGCAGGAUGUCUUAUAUUCCGUCAAAUGGUACAAAGAUGACGUCGAGUUUUUCCGAUUCCUGCCAAACGACAGACCAUCCAACCAAAACUUCGAAAUCGGAGAUGUCGAAGUCGAUAUGAGUCGUUCUUCGAAUGGUACAGUCUAUCUAAAGAACACUCAGAUGUCAGCAGAAGGAAACUACAGGUGUGAAGUUUCAGCAGAUGCACCGUCCUUUCAAUCUAUAUCACUCGAAAAUUUCAUGAAAGUACAAGACAGACCUCCAGUAGUCGAGAACUUUGCUCAACGGUUAAAUUUUCCUAAAAGGACAAUGGGUUCGCUACUGUUUAUUGUCACUUUCCUGUGCCCUUAAAAGGCUUAUCAUGUGGUCGAAUAAAACCUUUUGUGCCUCAUGAUGACGUAGAAUAUCUUCCUUUAAACAACAAGAAAAUGACUCAUGUCUGCAUUGCUCCGCUUUCAUCAAGUUCGUCGAAUUGAUGCUCAACUUCACGAGUCGAAAAUCAGCAAAGAAAAUUUGGCAGAUGAAGGCAGGAAAAGAAAGAUGUUUUUUCCCAAACGAUAAUAAAAAAAACACAAGGUCAUCGUUUCAUUUUAAUGUAAUACUAUUUUUUUUAUUUAGUUUUUGUUACGGAAGGUAAUACUUUUUUCUAAGUGACAAAGAACUCCACGAUUGAUAAACUGAUUCAGCGCUUUAAAUGUAAACAUUUUUAUGAGUUCGUUAGUCGAAUUUUCUACUGUUCUCGCUAGCAUGACUAAGGCAUCAUAUUUGGAAAAUAAAGUGCGUGUUUUUUUCACGACUUUAAAAAAAAUUAUUAGAGCAACCACAUUUACUAAUACCAUAACUAAAUGAACUGAAAUGAUCCUCGAGAAAGAAUAUUUCGCUUAAAGAACUCAAAUGCAUAAAAUUACAAUUUCAAAAAUCAUUUUCUUGUAUCGUCUGCUGCGUGAUAUAAAUCAAAAUAAUUUUAAUAACUAAAUUCGAAGCUCAAAACUUAAUGAGAGUUUUCAAAUACGAUUUGCUUUCUAACUGGAGUAAAUUUAACUAAAUGAACUGAAAGAAGCCUCAAGAAGGAAAAUUUCGCUUUAAUUACUACAUUUUAUAUAAAAUGCUUAUUCAACUGUAAUUAUUAUAGUGUUACCUUAAUCUAUGGCCUAUUUCUUGUGCCAUAACAUCGAAUAUUUAAAAAAAAAUUGUUUGUAUUCUUUUGUGAUCAUUACUAACAUGGAUACAAAAUCGUGGAAAAUGUAUAAAAGUUAGAUGCAAAUUAUAGAAUAUGUAAAUAAGAGUGCCAAUAAAGAAUUUAAAUCGCC